UUUUUUUCCAUACCCAAAUCUCUCUCUCUCUCUCUCUCUCUCUCUCUCUCUCUAUAAGUAACCCUUUCCUUCCCACUUCUUUCCGACGGCUUAAACCUAAUCCCAGAACGUUGACCGACCAGACCAGAGAUGAGUUACUACAACCAACAACAACCACCCGUCGGCGUCCCUCCUCCACAAGGCUAUCCUCCCCAAGGGUAUCCCAAAGACGCUUAUCCUCCGCCAGGAUACCCUCCGCAGGGUUAUCCUCCUCAGGGCUACCCGGCGCAGGGCUACCCACCGCAGGGCUACCCUCAGUACCCACCACAACAACAACAACAGCAGUCACAGAGCACCGGUUUAAUGGAAGGAUGUUUGGCGGCCCUUUGUUGUUGCUGCCUUCUGGAAGCGUGCUUCUAGGGGUUUCUGGUGCGGAGCUGAAUGAGGUGCUUUGAUAUGGACAGAAAACUCCGACACUUUCGGGAUGCUUGACGAUGAUAAUGAUGCCGACCAUUUUCUGUAAACUAUAUAUUUGUCUAGAUUCUUCUUCCUUUUUAACGGUUGAUUGCUUUUGAUGCGA